AGAGUAUAUAUAGGAAGUGCAAGGGCUUUGGGCCAUCUCACUGGGAAGAUUCAAAAGCUACAAAAGCCUACUGUAGACAAAAAGAUAGUACAUACUAUGGAUGACAAACAUCCCAGCACCAGUGGGGAGAAGAGGAAGAGCCCCUGUGACACGAACUACCAAAAUGAGCAAACGCAGGAGACACCAGAGGGGAACUCAGCUCCCCAACCAGAGAGGGACUCAGCCCCCCAACCAGAGAGGGACUCAGCACCCCAACCAGAGAGAGACUCAGCCCCCCAACCGGUUCUUAAAAAAAUAAGAAUAAAAGUUCGCUACAGGAACGUUAAGAAAAUAUAUUCAACUCAACUGGAGAAUGACCAGUCCCGAGAGGACACAAUCAAUCCAGUGCAAGAGGAAGAAGAACGAAUUCGAGAAGUUGUGGAAACACCUGCCAAGGAGUCAGAAGACCCAUCAGUGCAGGCAGAAGAUCUAUAACAAUCUGAAGGAUCAUGAGCAGCUGGGGAGCAGUGGUGAAACAUGGAGAAACCAAAUUGGACAAAUCCUCACCACCAACGGCUAUGAUAAUAAUAAAAUGAAGUUUGAGAAGCUG